UUACAAACAGGGUCUUAUUUUAAUAUUCUUCAGCCUGCAUCAUGUUUUCCUCAGGCCAAUUACUACGUCUCUUCGGAUGAGUCUGUAUCCUGUUGCUUGCUACUAACAGAGAAGAACAAAUUUGUAGAUCGGGCGACGGUGGAUGUUCCAUUGGUAAAGCUGGGCAAGAGCUUGAAGUCAGGCAAUUCUCCCAAAUUGCGGAGAGGGGGAAUAGAGACCGAGAGACAAGCAAAGGGAAAUGGCCACGGUGGGUGUGGCGCCGGGGCUAUCUCGGAAGCUGAAGAAGGUGUUGGAAUCUCGCACAGACUCUCCGGAUCUGCUGGCCUCCCUCAACACCCUUUCUACCUUUUACACCGAAAACACCCAACACGCUCGCCGUAACCUCAGAUCCACCAUUGAGAAGCGCUGCCUCUCCAUCAACCACGACUUCCUCCGCGCCUCCGAUGCUGCUCAGCAGGCCUUGGAUUGUGUCGAGGAGGAGGUUAACGCCCUCGCCGAUUGCUGCGACAGGAUUGCAAAAGCAUUGAACAGUUGUAAUGCUACAACUGGAGAUAUUAUCAGUACAACAGAGAGGCUUAAACAGGAACUUGAAAUCACCACGCAGAGGCAGGAGAUUGCUUCAUGCUUCCUUCGUGAUUAUCAGCUCUCAAAUGAAGAGAUAAGUGCACUGAGGGAGGAAGACCUGAAUGAAAACUUCUUUAAGGCACUUUCUCAUGUUCAAGAAAUUCAUGCCAACUGCAAAAUACUACUCAGGACACAUCACCAGCGUGCAGGUUUGGAGUUGAUGGACAUGAUGGCUGUGUACCAGGAAGGAGCCUAUGAGCGCUUGUGCAGGUGGGUUCAGGCAGAGUGUAGAAGAUUGGGUGACUCUGAUAAUCCUGAGGUUAGUGAGCUUUUGAAAACAGCGGUUCGAUGCCUCAAGGAACGCCCUGUCCUUUUCAACUAUUGUGCAGAAGAGGUGGCAAAUAUGAGACAUAAUGCAUUAUUUAGAAGAUUUAUAAGUGCUCUUACGCGUGGAGGACCUGGUGAACUACCAAGACCUAUUGAGGUGCAUGCUCAUGAUCCCUUGAGAUAUGUAGGGGACAUGCUGGGGUGGCUACAUCAGGCCUUGGCAUCCGAAAGAGAACUUGUUCUUGCGUUACUUGAUCCAGAUGCAGCAGUAGAUACUGAACCAACUGCUCAGAGAUUAUCCAAGAUAUCUGAGAGUGAUGGUGGGAAGAUGGAAUCUGAUUUGAAAUUUGUUCUGGAUAGGAUUUUUGAAGGUGUUUGCCGGCCGUUUAAAGUGAGAGUAGAACAAGUUUUGCAGUCUCAACCUAAUCUUAUAAUCACAUACAAACUUAGUAAUACCCUGGAGUUCUACUGUUAUACUAUAUCAGAUUUGCUUGGGAGAGAAACCUCUCUCUGUAAUACGCUAUGGUUACUCAAGGAUGCUGCUCAGAAAACCUUUUUUGACAUUCUGAAAUCUCGAGGAGAAAAACUUUUGCGGUAUCCUCCCCUUGUUGCAGUAGAUCUUUCCCCACCAGCAGCACUAAGGGAAGGAGUUUCUGUGUUACUUGAAAUAAUCGAGACCCAUGACAGCAUGAUGAUUCCUGCUUCUGAAAAGAAGCCAGCCUUUGACCCAGUGAUAUCCGCGUUGCUAGAUCCUAUUAUUCAGAUGUGUGAGCAGGCAGCAGAAGCACAUAAGUCUAAGGGAGUUACCCACUCAUCAAGAAGAAGUAGAGCAAGUACUGAGUCAGGCCAAAUGAGUAAAUCAUCUUUCGAUGCAAUUUUAUCAAACAGCGGUUCCACCCUAUUCUCUCAGGAUAGUGAAACACCCUCGAAAAUCUUCCUCAUCAAUUGCUUGUGUGCCAUCCAGCAACCCUUGUUAGGACAUGAGAUUGCAUCUGAAUAUGUGAAGAAACUUGGAGCAAUGAUAGAUAAUCACAUGAACAUUCUUGUCGAAAAACAAGUGGACGCCAUUCUAAGAAGAUGCGGCUUAUCAAACAAGAUGCCUCACUUCCGCAAUUCAUUUAACAAAGCAGUUGUGGAGGCACCAUUGGCAGAGAUGGAGGACACUUCACCUGCCUCUCUUUCAGAGUGUUUGAAAGCUUUCUUUGGGCUUAUUUUGGGAAGUGAAAGUUCCCUGCCAGAAUUCGAGCAGAUGCAGGUUCCAAAGCUGCGAGCUGAUGCUUGUUUACAGGUUGCUAAAUUACUGGCUGAAGCUUAUCAACUUAUUUACAGUGCAAUCAUGGAUCCCAAGAAUGGCUACCCAGACCCCAAGUCACUGGCAAGGCAUCCUCCACACCAGAUUCAAACCAUUUUAGGAAUUUGAAGUUGAAUUGUUACUUGUAUUUUCACUAAGGAACAGUUCCAAAUUUGUUAGUCUUUUAACAACUUAUUACCCUCUUCUGAUAUUCUUCCAAAAACUACUAUUGUGUUGGACCUUUUUUCCUUCAUAUGAUGGAAUGGAUUUUGCAUUGUAAUAAUUUCUUUUGUGGUUGAUUCUGGUACAGGUUAUAAUGCUACAUAUUGUUACAUACCACUUCA